AUGGAACCAAAUUCAAAAACUCUCGAUCUCGAUAUUUCUAACUGUGAUAACCGUAAUUCAGACGUUAACAAUCUUUAUAUUUAUAAUCUUAAUAAUGCAAGCUCUGGUUUUUAUAAUUAUAACGUUCCAAAUCUCGAUUUUCCAAGUCCCAAUGUUGCUGUUUAUGAUCAUUCAAAUGUCGACAUCCUUGAUACUGAAAUCUAUGUUGAAACUAAAGAUAAAAUGGCUGUUGACGCUAAUAUUUAUUCUGCUGCAGCGAGAAUUGGAAAUUUGUCCGCAACGAAAGCAGGUAUUAGCAAUGGUAUUCAAGAGAAAGUUGCAAAAGUUAUAUACGAGUCAUCAAAGGAUUCAGAAUUUUACAAAAAUGAAAUGAGAAAAGAUGAACUUGUAAAUAAAAAGAUCGAAGGAAUUCUGGAUUCUUAUACAUUUCUCAAAAGUCAAGAUUUAAGUAAUGAUCAAGUCAAAGUAGAUAAAAUUUUGGAAAAUCUUGCAUUGAAAAGAAAUUAUUCUCGUGUUAUCAUGCACAUUGAUAUGGAUGCAUUCUAUGCAUCGGUAGAGAUGAGAGAUAAUCCAUCACUCAAGGAUAUUCCAAUGGCUGUUGGUGAUAUAUCAAUGUUAUGUACAGCUAAUUAUGUUGCUAGAAAGUAUGGAGUUAGGAGUGCAAUGCCUGGUUUUAUAGCAAAACGCCUUUGUCCAACGCUAGUUAUAGUACCUUUGAAUUUUGUUAAAUAUCGCGAAGCAUCUAGUAAAAUCCAUAAAAUUUUAAAAUCAUACGAUCCAAAUCUCAGAUCCGUGGGCCUUGAUGAGGCAUAUCUAGAUAUAACAGACUAUUUAGACAAUACAACGAUAACACCCGAUCAACUGGCACAACGAAUAAGAUCUGAAAUUAAAAAUGAAACUGGACUAACUGCAAGUGCUGGAAUUGGACCAAAUUUGCUGCUGGCAAAAGUUUGUUCGGACAUCAACAAACCCAACGGUCAAUAUGAUCUUUCUAAUUUACUAGAAGAAGAAAUUUUAGAAUUUGUCAAAAGUCUUGAGAUCCGCAAAAUAAAGGGAAUAGGUCGGGUAACUGGAAAGAUAUUAAAUGCACUUGAGGUUUACAAAUGUAAUGACAUUUUGGUAAAAAGAGUUUAUUUAUACAAGUUACUUCCUCAAGUUUCUUUUAAUUUCCUGAUAAGAGUGGCUCUUGGAAUUGGACCAGUAAAUGUUGGAGAAAAAUUUGUACGUAAAAGUAUGAGUUUUUCUAGAACUUUUAAAGAUUGUAAUGACAAGAAUGCCUUAAUCAAAUAUCUUAAAACCUUUUCAAGUAACUUGGCGUACGAUUUAGCAACAGAAAAUCUAGAGGGACGUAUUGUUAUUCUUAAAUAUAAAGAAACAAAUUUUGUAUCUCAUACAAAAAAUAAAAAAUUACCAACCUACAUAAGUACCGCAGAAGAUAUUUUCAAUUAUUCUAGAAAGUUACUUGAGAGUCUAGGGGAUGUUAAUCUUCGAAAUUUGGGUGUUGGAUUGUCAGAUUUGAGAAGUCGCGAUUUUGCAGAAAUUAAUGGGAUAAAAAGAUGUUUUAUUGCAACUAGUGAUUUUGAUAGAGAUAGGUCCAAAAGGCAAUUUACUAAUUUUAAUUCCAAAUCAAGCCAUAAUUCGUCAUCAUUGUCAUCAAUUCACGUAUCCACUUAUAAUUGUAACACUGACGAACCAAAUCAGGACAGUUUAUCUAAUCCACGAACUGUAGAUAAUCAACAAGGAGUUAUAGUAAGAUCUCGUAGACAAUUAACUCCUAAUGCAAAAAUUAAAGAUCAAUCCAGAUUGGAAGAAAAAUUUUAUGAUAUAAAAAAAUAUUUUGCAUUGUCAGAAAAUAAUCCAUCAAGUAAUAUAAAUUUGAAAAACACUUUUCCAACAACAUCUUUCUCGUGUUCAACAUCUCCAAUAUCGUCACCAAAAUCAAUGUUUAAAUUAUCGGAUAAUGACCUUGUAACACCAAAAAAUUCAUAUCUAACAAGAUAUGUGCCCCUUAACAUACCUUUAUUUACAUCUACAUCCGUGCCUAAAUCUAUCACCGACACCAUAUCUUCUAAUGUUGCUUCUUUUCAAGACAGUGUUAAGAGUCAUUCAUCUACAUUUGGUGAUAAAGAAAACGAUGAGCCAAACAAAAACAUGCUUGUCAGAGACAAACUUGACGAUCAUGAACAGUAUUUCGCUACGGAAAAUUUUUUUGAAGUUGAGGAUAAUGGAAUUCUAAUGCUUGAAAUAUUUGAAGUUGGCCAAGAUACCUCUAAAAUUAUAGUAGAAUCAGUGGCAAGUCCGGAACAUAAUAUAGAAAGCGGUAGUAUUCGUGCACUUGAUAAUCUUGAAGUUAAGACUGAUGAUGCUCAUGAAACAGAUCAAAAUAAUAAUUCAAUUGGAAAUAAAUUUACAGACAUAAUCCCAAUUUCUGAUCAAAAUUCUGAAAUCAAAAAUUUGAGAAAAGAUUGGAUUUGUCCUUGGUGCGACUUAAAAUUUCGGGAUCUUGUUAUGAAAUGGGACAACUUUGCUUGA